GGAGAAGCAGGUACUUGAUGUCUUCGAUGAGAGCCUCAAGCAUUGAAUGGCCACCCCAAAUAGGAUUUGAACAGCGUCGAGGCUGAUGUCGCCGGAGUUGAUGAGAUUCUUGAGGUAACUCUAAUGUCUUCGAUUUGGAGAGGUGGUUUCAGGUCUCGCGGCAUGUCGAGGCUCGGCGUAGUCUUGGUGUUGAUCCGCACCGGCAGGAACCACUUCUUCGAGCACCUAGGCGAGUUGGGCGAUACGUAGGUUAUUUGUAGCGGCGCCCUCGACGCCUCGUCUGACAUUGCCGACCUCAGCCCAGUCGUCUUCAUGAGCAUCGGAGGUACCAAUCUUCUUUCUUGCUCGAGUGAGAAUUGCUUUGCGAGGCAUUGGCCUUGUUGGGAACGACUUGCUUCGGAGGCGGAGCUCUUACCUUGGUGUCGGUGAAUAGUUUCGAUGUCACGACGUCGUUCCCACAGACGGAGCCACUAUUCUUGAAAUCAAUGCCAUAUGGCCAGGGGGUGUCUUGAGUGACGUGGUUCAAUAGCGAGUGUUUAGAAUGGUGUACGCGAGAGUUGAAAAUUUAUGUUUUUGUAGUAUUUUAGGCCGCCUUGUUGGAACGCGGCUUAAUCCUAUAUUAGGAAAGCAUCGAGGGUGUUGAGCAUGGAGCUAUGCCAUCACAGUCUUCUUGGGGCAAAGUCAAGCUAUCAAAUGAUGUCGGUCCAAGUCGCCGAGGACUAUUUGGAGCUUUAGGCCUUUCCCUUCUUGUAUCGAAUGUGAAGUGAACGAAUGAGCCCUCCACCCCUUCGGGUUUUGUAUAGGGGAGUGAUCUUUGACAAAUGACCGAAGCUACCCUUCAUUGUGGUAGGUAGGAUGGGUGCAAUGGUAAAACUAGGUUUACUAGCCCAUGAGGGAUGUGGAUGAGAGCCUUAGGCCAUGGGGUGCAAUGGUAAAACUAGUCCAACUAGGCACCUAUUGGGCUUCUAGCUUCAUGGUUUCAUCGACUCUUUCUUGUAUUUCUUGUCUUGUCUUUUUUACUUGUUGACCAUUCCAGGAUCGAGGGACCUUGUUGUCCUGUUCUUGGCUUGACUUUGCUUGACUUCUGUCCAUGUAGGCGUCUAGUAGGAUUGGGGUCCCUUCAGUUACACGAUACACGUUUCUACAACAUAGCCUAUAUUGAGGCUUAUAAUAUAUUUUUAUUAUUAAUAUGCCCUAUAUAUUGUAGAAGUGCUCCAUCCACAACCAACUUAGUCAGAACAUUUGUACCAUGCAUUUAUUUAUUAGCAGAUAUUGGGUCUUGUAACAUUUUGUUGUGCUUUUGGCACAAGCGCCGUAGUAGUAAGCACACGUUUAUUUGUAGCCUAAGGUUGUUAUGCCCAAACGCUUGGUGUGUUAUCAUUUCUUAGGCAUUUGAUUUUCCCAUAGAUUUGGCUUAUGUUAUAUUGUUUGCCAUUUGGUUCACAUUUUUACUCUAUUUCUAAAUCAAAGGUAGGGGAAUAUUAGUCAUUAGUUGCCAUUGAUAUGGCUUAUCAAACUUCGUUAGCCCUAUGGUUUACUCAUCUUGCCAACUUUUGUUGAUCUAAUCUCUUUGCCAUACGUUGCUUAAAUCUGCUAUCUUGUGCCAUAACCUGCGUUGUUUGUUUAGACAUGACAACCUGCCAGUGGUGCCGGUUAGCAGCAAACGAAACAUGCCUUGAGGUUUGCACCAUUUGAAGUUAUAACACCUGUGGUAGAAGUUUAGUGAGCAAGUUUGCCGUGUUCCUUGAAAAAUUACAACUAUCAAUCAAUUAUUCGUUCUCUUCCCUUUGAGUGAUUAGGUCCUGGUGUUUCCUCUGUAGAUAUUGUUUGGAUGCAAUUAUAUCCCUAGGCGUUCACACUUUUCUACCCAUAAAAAAAUCAUUGAGUCUAGUCCCUAGAUUAUCAGAGGAAGAUGGGAUCCAAGCGAUUUGAAAAGAAGAAACCAGGUAGACUCUGGACAAUGAGCGCGAAUCAAGCAAGGAAAACUGUACAGAAUUUCAGGGCACAAGGGACAUAUAACAACUCUAACAAAAGAGGUGGCGUUGCUGCCGCAAUGCAGAAAAAGUGGCGAACUCCUUUAGAGGCGCCUAGCUGCACUAGGGUAGUCCGAUGGCCAAAUGAUGUGGCACGAUCGUCCUCAAGGUUGAACAAUAGUAAGGUUUCUCUUCAAAGUGAUGUCAAGAAUGCUAGGCCCUCUACCUCGAGGCCCAACAAUGGCCUAGGUUCUCGACAAAAGUAUACCAAGAAUCCAAUGCCCUCUUCCUCGAGACCGAACAGCGUUGUGGUUUCUUCAGAAAAGAAUAGGAUUUUUUUCUCUAGGUCGAUCAAUGCGUCGGUCUCUUGGGAGAAGAAUGCCAAGAAGCCUGUGCCCUCUUCUUCAAGCCCAAACAAUGGUGGAACCUCCCUGUCGAAACAUAUUCAGAUGUCUAGGCCAUCUCCCUCAAGGCCAAACAAUGACAUGAUUUCUUCGCCGAAGGAUAUUGAGAAGUCUCUGCCCUUAUCCUCAUGUCCAAAUGGUGGCUCGGUACCUUCUCCGAAGAAUAUUGAGCGGUUUAUGUCCGCGGAGUCUAGGCCCUCUCGCCUUCGGCGUGGAUUUUCCUCAAGAAAGCCUACCUUCAUAGGGUCAAACGGUAACUCAAAUUCCACUUUUAGCAUUUCAAACAAACCGCCGUCCUCACUAGUGCAUGGCCAUUCAAGCAAUGUUGAAAUGGGCACUCAAGUUCGUCUCCAACCCCAAACAACCAAGGCAGCUUGCAUGGGCAACAUGGAGCAGAAUGCAGAAUCAAUGAAUGUGCAUGUUCAACUUGAUAGUAGAAAACAGAACACUGCACUUGUGAGUGAUGGAAAAGCCAAUGAUGGUAAGUAUAAAAGUAAGAUGACAGAACCAUUGUUGGAAGAGAAGCUUGGUGCACAUGUGGAUGAUGAUAGGCCAAAGAAGAGAAUGAGGGAUGGUACUGAUCAAAAGCUUGUGGGGGCUCAAAGUGGUACUGCUGUGAUAACAGAAACAGCUGUCAUCAAGGAUUGUCCUACCGAAGUUUCUCAUCAUUUCGUUUCAGAAUCUUUCAAGCUGCAGCAGUAUAGCUCCCUUCCCAUCGAUGAAUCUGUUUGGAGUGGAAUCAUUAAGACUCAGAGCAAAGAAUGUGUUUCAUUGGCUGCACACUUGUCAACCAAAUACUGUGACAUGGUGUCGAAAUUAUCAAGAUCACUGCCGCCAAUGCUUGAAGUAACAAAGCUUUCUAGGCUGGAGGCUUGGCCCAAGAGCUUUGAGGCAUCAAGACCCACUGAUGAUAACAUUGCCUUGUAUUUCUUUCCGGCCAAAACGAGGCAAGAUGAAGACGGAGCAGACCCCGAUGAACUAGUUAAAGAAGUUGUAGAGAAUGAUAUGGUCUUACGAGCUGUUGUUGAUGAGGCUGAGUUGUUGAUAUUUUCUUCUGUUUUGCUGCCUGAACAAUACAAAACCUUCCAAGGGGAACCCUACCUGUGGGGGGUAUUCAGGCCUAGAAAAGAGAAGUUUGCCACAGUGGACGAACAACACGGCAUAGGCCAUUGUCCACAGGAGAUGGGGAAACAGCAUGCUGCAGAUCGUGGUGUGGGAAAGAAGGGCUACAUGGUUGCAGGGUUAAAUGUGUGUGCUGGACUUGAAACUCAAGAAGAAGCAGAGGGGCAAGGUAUGGAGCAGGAGCAGACUCCGUCAGUGGCUCGACCCAACACAGAGAUACCUGUUGAGGACAUGGUUGCAGGGGUAAAUGUGGGUGUUGGACUUGAAACUCCAGAAGAAGCAGAGGGGCAAGGUAUGGAGCAGGAGCAGACUCCGUCAGUGGCUCGACUGAACACACCAAUACCUGCUGAAGACAUGAUUGCAGGGUUAAACGUGGGUGUUGGACUUGAAACUCCAGAAGAGGCAGAGGGGCGAGGUAGGGAGCAGCAGAAGACUCCGUCAAUGGCUCGACCCAACACACCGAUACCUGAUGAAGACACAACUCGGGCUACUUCAGAUCCUACCAUGCCAUCUGCAGUGUCUGCAAACAAUGUACAGGGGGCUACUUCCGUUCCUACCAUGCCUGCCGCAAUGUCUGCAAAUGAUGAUGGGCAGAUGCACUCAAGCUUCAGUGUCCCCACAGGAGCAAUUGUUGGUUUCGUCGUCCGACAAACUCCAAGAAUUGAGCACCUCAUCGAGGAGAUGCGACGUGAAGGCUCUGUUGUGGUUGCAAUGCGAGGGGAGAUGAUAGGGUCAGGUCUUGGCCAAGCAACAGGAACAGGGUAGAGAGGACCCCGAGCUCAUCCUGACGUGUCACCAUGGUGUAGGCAUGGCUGAUCCGACCCUUGAUAUGUCCAAGUCUGGGAAAUGGCAGCAUGUCUGCUAGGACUUUUUUGUGUUUGCAGUUCAGCAGUGGAACUGUAGUUCGGGUCAACUUCUAUGUAAACAUUCUCCCAUGAUUGCACCUGUUCUCCAGACGCAUAAUGUUUCCUUUGUUAUGUGUACUGUUCGCAUCUCA